UCUUGAAAUCCCGGCUGCAGCACUCAGGACUUUAGUGCUGUCCGGGAUAACCAUCGGGGUAAUUGCCGAUAUGUUUUCUGUGUCUCCGAGCACAAUUAGGAGGAGAAUGACGGAGGAAGGUCUAAGAAAAUCUGAUAGGUAUUCUUCUAUUGGAGAUGAGGACUUGGAUGCAAAAGUGCUGGACAUUCAGCGUCAUCACCCAAAUGCCGGCUGCAGAAUGAUGAUCAGACAUCUACGAUCCAGAGGCAUACACAUUCAAAGAUUUCGACUGAUUUAUUCAAUGAGGCGAGUCAAUCCAGAAGGGGUCAUGAUGCGACGGUUAUCUAUUCAGACUGCAAGGCGUCGUCAGUACAGUGUACCAGCACCAAAUCACCUUUGGCAUAUCGAUGGAAAUCAUAAACUAAUUCGAUGGAGGUUUGUUGUCCAUGGUGGGAUAGAUGGUUUUUCUAGGUUAAUUGUCUACCUUAAAGCUGCCACCAACAACAAAGGAGGGGAAAAUGUGAAGGUUGCACAUUUCUUGGUGGAGACAAUGGGGGAGAACAGGAACUCUCACAUUACAGGCAGAAGUGUUCACAACCAGCGCAUUGAGCGCCUGUGGAGGGAUGUAUAUGAAAACGUCCUUGACCUUUUCUACACAAUCUUCACCCAGCUGGAGAUUCAAGGACUGCUCAACCCUGGUGAAGAAAUUGACUUGUUUGCACUGCACAGAUGCUUUUUGGAUCAUAUUCAACAUCAUCUUCAGUCAUUCCAGGAAGCAUGGAAUCAGAACAGCAAACAACCAUUCACCUCUGCAACUCUGGUUGCUGCACAGAAAGGAGGGACAAGAUUUGUCACAGGUACAUGA